UUUUGUAGAAAAUAUUUGAACAUGUUAGCUUAAUGGCAGAAACAAGUUUUUCUGUCUUGCAUUAAUAUAGCUGCUAAAAUGGAGGAGAUGUGUACUAUUUGUGGAGAAGAGAGACAGAGUAAACAUGACUACAUUCAGUUUGUCAAGAACUUGAGAUUUAACUACAUUCUUCAAGACUAUCCAAGUUUGCAUGAAACUUGGAAAAUUCUGCAAGGAAUAGUUUACUACCGAGAAUACAGAGGAAUUGGAGGCAAAUCAAGGUCUAUGGAUGAGGACCCCAUGCCGUGUAGUUUUUGCCUUUUAAAACUUGUAAAUCUUUCAAAGGCAGUCUUUGAGCUGACUAGUGCUCUGGAGAAUUCUAUAGUUCCUCCUGAUUCUACGGUUAAUGGAGUUGGAGUAAUCACCGCUGUUAAGAAAUCAGUUAGUCCAGUCAAGAAAGCAGUUAGUCCAGUCAAGAAAGCAGUUAGUCCAGUUAAGAAAGCUUUAACCCCAUUCAAGCAAAAUAGCACUCCAGUUAAGGAAGUAACUAACUCAGUCAAGAAAAGUAGUAUUACAAACAAGAAGGUCGAUCAACCUAGAGUUUUAAACGAGGAUGUUCCACCUUCUAACCUCAACACGUCCCGGAGGAAGAGCUCUAGAACCAGGGCAUCCCUAGAUCCUUCAGCCUCGGCAAGGGUUCCCCAAGAACCCUCUAAAUCUGUCAAGGAGACCCAAUCUGCUGCUAGGCGGCUGAAUGGAACUCCUCCAUACUUUAAAAGAGAAAGGCGGGGUAGUCUUCCGAAUCCUACUGCUGUUACUCAGAGGCUGAUGGAAGAGCAAGAGGAUGACCCCGAGGAUGUCACGGGAGACGAGGAUAUUCGCGAGGAUGCCUCUGGAUACGAGGCUACGCCUAGCUUCUCUGCUAGUGAAGGAAGACCGAAACGAUCCGGAGGAAGAAGUUUGACAGAGAGAAAUCCGGACUUUGUCGAUAUUCCACAAGCUCUUCAGAAUAGUUCUUCUAAACAAAGGGGUUCUCUCAACUUCGCCUCCCCUCUUCUAACUCCUCCGCCAUAUAAAUCAACAAUUCUACUGAUUUCUGACACCAGGCGUGCUCUGAAUAAAUUAAAUUCCGCUGUCGGAACCAGCGCUGGCGGAACUACCGCUGUCGGAGCUACAGCUGGCGGAACUACAGCUUCUAUUAAACGAAAGAGUUCAGUUGAAGACAACAGUUCUCUGGAGCUAUCAAGCAAACGAAACAGAACCCUGAGCGCGAAAGUUCUGGAAUCUCUAGAGUCUAACGCUUCUAAAAACUGGUGGACCAGAAUGUCAGACUUGAAAGUAGUUCCAAAUUCUCAGAAGCAGGGAAAUAAAGUUGGAACCCUAGCCAAAAAAGAGGAACAGGGUUAUAAAGAUGGAACCCCUUCGAAAAAAGAUGAUUUAAUCAUUAUUUCUCAAGCAAAGUCAGCUGUUUCCCUGACUGCGGAAGUAGGAAAGAUGUUUAAACCAACAGCUGUUGUGGCAGCCCGGACAGCUGAAGGUCAGCAGCAGGACUGGCAACUUGACAGCUUCCGGUCGGAUCAGCUGAUGCAGCUGGAUAAAGCGUUGGCGAAGGCAGGCUGGAAAGUCGGAAGCGGGAAGAACAUGGAAAAGGAGGUGUUUAAAAAUGCUAAGUCGAAAACAGAUUAUAUAGCCGGCAUCAAGCGUUUAGUGUCACAUUUUGGAGUUGAUCCUAGUAUAGAAAGUGAAGGAAAGGAGGAAAUCAUAAUCCUGGAAAAAUCCGAAAAUAACGUUUUAUCACACGGAAAGGUCGUGAAAAGUGUGUCAACAUGUCCCCCUGUCAGGUUACCAGAGAAACAAAGGAAGAUGAUCAGAAAACCGAAGAAAAUUCUGAAGAAAAAGAGUGCACUCAACAAACCAUCAAGUUUUGGAGUUACCAAGAGGAUUGGGAAUUCUCGGAUUUGGGGGAAGGAUCGAAAGAAUUGUCCAGUGUGUGGAAUACUCCAGGGUUGUAAUGAUUUGCUGUACCACCUGCGUACAGUACACGGAGAUAAAGCAUGUUCUGAGUGUACUGCUUCAUGUUAUACACAGGACAAUCUGGUGAAACAUAUACAGGAAGCUCACAAGAUAACAUUGGAAGGAACUAAUGGAGCUGUUGAGCAAGGAUUUGAUAACAUGGACUCCAGUUCAUUAGGAGCAGGAGAAGGGGAUAGUGUUCAGCUGAAGAGUAAGAAGAAAGUUCUGCUCAAACAGCAGUUUAUUGUGAAAAAGUCUAAAAGUGGGAAGAAAGGAAAAAAGUAUCUAGAUUCAUCUUCAGAUUUCGAGUCUGUUAUAAAGGGAAAAGAAAUAAUUCCUGGUGGAUCAGUUUCUGAACAGAACAAGCUGACCGCUCCUAGUCUUAGCACUUCAAGUCAAUCAGUCAAGGUCGCUGAGAUUGAUUCUACAUCCAACAGUCGACCACAGAGGACUACUCGUUCCAUAGAGGAAAGAAACCCUGAUUUUGUUGUGGAAACAUUUUCUAGAAAAUCGGCCGAAAUCGACGAUUCUUUAGAAACCGGUGAGCCUAUCCUUAAGAUGGCAAAAUCAAAAUCGAAGAAAGUUUCCAUUCCGAGUUCUCAAGACUUAAGUUUCGAAGAAAACGAUUUGAGGAUUGACGAAAAAUCUCCUUUCGUCGACGAAUCUAACUUCUCUCCCUUCGUUGACGAAUCUCUGAAGGAGCCGGAGGUGGAGAAUGUUGCGAAGAGUUGGUUUGAUAUUAACCAAGGAUGAUCAAUUUUGCGGAGUGACCUGAAUCGUCGCUUAGACGAAUUUUAAGUUGUCCAUUCAUAAACAUUCACUAAUUAUAUUUUAUGCAUUUUUUCUCCAAUUAAUAUCAAAUUCAUUGGUCACAAAAUAAAACCUGAAAAAGGUUGAUUUUAGUUUUGUUGAUUCAUUGUUUGAAAUAUUAAGAAAACCGUCAGAAAACUUGAUAGUAAAAGUUUUUUUUUGGUCAAUGUUUUAUUAGUCCUUGUUUACAUAUAAUAUAUAUACAUAAAUUAUAUUUCCUUUACUCAGUAUUAUUCUUUUUUUUGCAUUUCAGA